ACUAUAAACAUCAAAUCGGAUUUAAUUAUGAAAAGAAACUUAGAAUCAAAACAUUAUGUCCAAGUAUUUCAAGACACUCCUUAUUUAUUCAAAUAUUAAUGAAUUAUUGAUAGGCCUUUAUUUUUUUAAUAAAGAUGAACUAGUGAUAUGGUUCUUUUAAAAUAAAUCAGGUGGAAGAUGUGGUUAAAGAUCUAAAGGAUGAUGGAAGAAUUUUCUCAUGUCAGUGUAGUACUUUUCAUUGCUUCAGGAGCAUUGGUUUUUAUGCUACUAUUUUUGUUUGCCAAAAGACAAAUUAUGAGGUUUGCAUUGAAGUCUGCCCGUAAACCACAUGUAACUAUUGGAUCUGAUGCUCCUAAGGUUCUGAGAGAAAAAAUUAACCAACAGUUGAAAAUGACAGAAAAUAUUUGUUAUGAGCCAACACUUUUAUCUGAGCAGGUCCAGAAUGCCGCUACAUCAACUGAAAACACAUAUUAUUACAGAAUGAAAGCUUUGGAUGCCUUUUCAAAUGCAGUGACGACCCUACACUGGAGUGAAUCAUCAGUACCUAGACGUGAAGCCAAGCAGACAAUCCAGCUAUUUCUGUACUGCCUGUGCCCGUCUGCUGCUGGAAACAAAGAAGCUACAAUCAUAGAGAAAUUUGCCUCAUGGUAUUUGCAUGCAAGACAUAGUCCAGCAAAUUUUGGGGAAAAAGAAUUUAUAAAAUACAUGGAGCUGCUUGAUAGAGUGAUAAGAUUAAUAAAACUGGACCAAAAGAGGCGGAGCAAGCAAGGGGAAAUAAAAGCUGUUGAUUUAGAAGUGCAGAUUAGAAAAGGCUCUAAAGGAAAUGAGACAAUUACAUCAGCGAUUAAAUAUGAAAGCAUUCGCAUGGAGGAGAUAGGUCCCCAUGGGGGAUCUGCAGAAAGGCAAGUAACACACAGGGACAUGUCCAGCGGGUACAGCAGCACAGAUAGGUCCAGCAGCCAAGGAAGUGCAGAUAGACUGCUCAUGCAUACAGAUAAAAAAGUUUAGAUAACAAGUGCUUAAUUUCAAGUGGGAGCAAGCUUACUGUAAGAUUUAAACAAGGUCAAAUGCUGUAUAGUGGUCAUCACGCGUGUUAAUGAUAGAUUCAGUGCCAUAUUCCAUGCAGUUAAACAACAGAUCAGCCGUUUUUCAUAGUACAUGUCCUCAUUCUGCCACCAAUCAACCUUAGCUAAGCUGGAAACUUGUACUAGCACUAGCUAACUGAUACUUAGUCAACAUCGAUUUUAGUCUUGAUGGCUAUUAAAAUUCCAACCUAAUUUUUCAUGGUGAAAUGUAUGUUUUCUUCCAGUGUAUAAAAAACUCCUUUUAUUUUAAAAGGCUAUAAAAUUGUGAGAUAGUGAUUGAAAGGUGAGGUAAAUGUUAUUUGUAUCUGCUUUUUGAAAUGUUAGUGUACUAGUAGUAUUUAAUUAUGUAAAUAUAAAUUAAUGUGCUAAAAUAUUGUAAAUAAAUCUGUAAUUUAAAUUUUACUCAUGAGUUAAAUGCCAGAAAUAAUGCAUUUUGUUUUAUGUUAUAAACACAAUGGAAAACUAUAAAAGUAACACACUGACAAUUUUUUUUUAGCCGCCAGCUACUUCUUUAAUGUGCAGUUCACAUUUAUAUAAAAUCCUGCAAUAUUCAAAUUUUAUUUUUUUAAAUAAAUUAGAUCCUUUUGAUUGUAUUAAAGUGUGAUUAUAAUGUAAAGCUAAUAGUUCUCUUGAUGUAAAAGACAAUAACUGUUUUGUACAUUUUUCAUGAGGCUGGUAAAAUUUUGCCCAAAAAAUUGUAA